AAAAGAGAACGAUAGAAAGAUACUCUGAGCCUAUCUGUUCACCUCGCCCUGCUGCCACUGUUGCCAUUUUUCAGCGACGCCACCGCGGACAAGGUCUCUCUUCUCCCUCUCCCUCUCUGUUUCAAUUUUUAUCUGUGGUUUGGGUUCUGAUUUAUUCACUGGUCAAGUGAGAACGAGCAUGCUUUGCGUUUUUGUUUUCAUUGAUUUAGGAAUUUUCAUUUGAUUCAAAAGACCAGCUAAGAACCCGUGCUCUUUGGUCAAUGGUUGCCUUCAAUUCAAUGGAGGUAAUGGUUUUAUUUAUAGAAAGAUGAGUGCAAAUUCUGGGAUAUAUGUUGGGCGUGAACUUUAGAAAAAACAGGUUGGGAAUAGUAAAACCCUAAUAAGAAUGGACAGUGUAAAGCAGUGAUAUAAGAAAAGCAGACCCACCCAUAUUUGAUGGUUAUUUGGGGUUUGGAUCAGAGCAUUGGCAAUUGUGUUUCCUCUGCUAUCACAAUCGUUUUCACCGCACUAGCCUCUCCACCAUUUUGUCGCCGUUCAUGGGUUUCUCCAAAGAAAACCAUCUUGCGCAGUUGAAGGAGCAUCAGAUUCCAUUUUCCCAAUAAGAACAUCCAGUUGUGUUGACCGUUGACGCUCAGGAUCCAUGGAUUUUAGAGAUGGAGCUCACAAGUUUUCUUGGUGUAUUGUUACUGCUUCUACAGAUUGGAGAUCUCUGGCUUCGACUGCUAUGGCACUUCCUGCAAAUAAUUGUCAGCGCAUGGUAUUCCAUAGUAGUCGUGGUUAAUUUGUUGGAGAGCUACUUCAUCUCUCUUGGAGUACUAGAGAAAUACAAGUCUCUUCAUUCAGAAAAGGUUCAGUACCUUGCCAUUGUCAUAGAAAGUGAAGAAGCUCGUCAGAUUUCGGAACUUGUUAAACUGUUGAAGUGGCUAGACUCUAUUGGUGUGAAGAAUGUGUGCCUCUAUGACAUGAAUGGAGUACUGAAGAAGUCUAAGGAAACCAUACUUCAAAAUUUGAAGAAUGCAAAAUCCAUUCAGGAAGUUAGUCAAGUUGUUACACACCAUGCUCAUGAUCACAUGACUCUGGAGUUUCUUUCUUAUGUGGAUGGGAAGGAGGCAGUGGCGAAAGCAGCUAACUUGGUUUUUGUGGAGAACUUGAAACAGCAUUGCUUGGCUGGAGAACUAGAUGCUCAAAGAUCGUUAGAAUCUCACUUGAAUGAAGCAUUGCAAAUUGUUGGUAGCAAAGGCCCUGAGCCUGACCUUUUACUGGUUUAUGGACCUGUGAGGAGCCAUCUUGGUUUUCCUGCAUGGAGACUUCGCUACACAGAGAUCGUACACAUGGGAUCAUUGAAAUUCAUGACAUAUGGUUCCUUAAUCAAAGCCAUUUAUAACUUCACGAGAGUGCACCAAAAUUAUGGUAAGUAGAGAUGGAAUUAACUGCACAAGCACCACAAAGCGUUGGCUUGAAGAUUAGAAAAGUAGCUAGCUAAGAUAUCUUUGAGGAAAAAGUGCUUUCUGAUCCUGCUGGAGAGAUACCAUUGCAAGUCAUGGCGAGUAAAAAAAGGUCUGAGCAAACUGGUGUAUUUUAAUUUGAUGCCACCAUGGAUACUGUUAUAGUGGAUAAAUUCCUCACAGGUAUAUCAAAACCAUUAACAUGGUGUAAGUGAAGUGAAUAAUUUUAUUCAUUAUAACAAACCAAUAAAUUCCUCACAGGUAUAUCAAAA